GGUCCAUGCAAAGUCUCUCGAUCACACAAAGUAACCGUAUCCAGCUUUGAUAAAUCGUGACUAGAGUGAGGUAAAAUAUCCAUCGAGAUGGAAGUAGUUCAAGUUCUUCAUAUGAAUGGAGGAGUUGGAGAAACCAGCUAUGCAAACAAUUCUUUUGUUCAGCAAAAGGUUAUAACCAUGACAAAGCCAAUCACAGAGGACGCCAUAACUAAGCUCUAUUGCAGCACUUAUCCGGAAGAAAUAGCCAUCGCAGAUUUGGGUUGUUCUUCCGGACCCAACACUUUCUUUGUGGUAUCUGAACUUAUCAAAGUGGUGGAUAGUGCUCGCCGAAAGAUCUCCCAAAAAUCCCCCGAGUAUCAUGUGUUUUUGAAUGAUCUUCCUGGGAAUGACUUCAACACCAUUUUCAGGUCCUUGUCCAUCUUCCAGAACAAACUGAGGGAGCAACUUGAACCCGGUAUUGGGCCAUGUUUUUUCACUGGAGUACCUGGUUCUUUCUACGGAAGGCUUUUCAGGAAAAACUGCCUUCAUUUUGUACACUCUUCCUAUAGUCUGCAAUGGCUCUCUCAGGUUCCUCAAGGGCUGGAAAGUAAUAAAGGGAACAUUUACAUGGCUAGCACAAGUCCACCAAACGUGCUUAAGGCUUACUAUGAGCAAUUUCAACAGGAUUUUUCCUUGUUUUUGAAGUGUAGGUCAGAGGAACUGGUGGAUGGAGGGCGCAUGGUUUUGACAUUUUUAGGGAGAAGAAAUGAUGACCCUUCAAGCAAAGAGUGUUGUUACAUUUGGGAGCUUUUGGCCAUGGCUCUCAAUGAUAUGGUCCUUGAGGGAGUGAUAGAAGAAGAGAAACUGAACAGCUUCAACAUCCCACAAUACACACCAUCUCCAGCAGAGGUUAAAUAUGAGGUUGAGAAGGAAGGGUCGUUCAGCAUCGAUCAAUUGGAAGUAACUGAAGUGAAUUGGAACGCUUAUCAGAACGAAACUGACUUAUCUGAUGCAUUCAAGGAUGGUGGGUACAACGUCGCCAAGUGCAUGAGAGCUGUGGCUGAACCACUGCUUUUCAGCCACUUUGGUGAAGCAAUCAUCGAUGAAGUGUUUCGAAGGUACAGAGAAAUUGUUGCUGAUCCCAUGUCCAAAGAGAAGACUGAGUUUAUCAAUGUCAUUGUUUCUCUUAAAAAAGCUUGAUUAUUAUGUCAUCAGUGGUUAUCUAGAGUGGAACCCCCACCACCACCACAAAACCAAUCAAUAUUAUAUGGUACAAAUGAACUGUGCUACGGCACUGUUAUCCAAUCAAGAAUAAUUCCAUGCUUGCGAGUUGUUUGUAAAA